UGUGAACCAUUUCUGCCUGCCUCGACCAUUGCCUGUGACCCCGUUUCUGCUUGUAUGCUGCCUGUCUUGAACGUAUUGCCUGUUUGUACCGGUUCUCCUUUUAAUAAAGCUGCAUUUAGAUCAUCAAACUGUCAAGCCUCAGAGCAGUUCGUAACAACACUAAGUCGCAUCCUACAGAAACAUAACUUCAGAAUGAAGCAGCUGUACAUGGUGCCAUUUGAAAGGAACAGUGUCAGGGUCAAGGAUCUGCGCCAUGAUUAUGUGCAGACAGUUCUGGAUUUUGAUGCCACCGAACUGCCACAUGAGUUCAUCUAUGUGGAUGAGGCAGGUUUCAAUCUGGCCAAAACCAGGCAUCGGGGCCGUAACGUAGUUGGACAAAGGGCUGUUGUAAAUGUCCCUUGGCAGUGUGGGGGAAAUAUCACCUUGUUUGCUGCAAUUAUUGUCCAAGGAGUCCUGCAUCACCAUGCCACUCUAGAUCCCUACAAUACAGGACAGAUCAUUGCAUUCCUAGAUGCACUAGAUGCAGUUGUGCAGGACAGACCACAGCAGCCCUUGUUUGUUGUCAUCUGGGAUAAUGUUAGUUUCCACCGGGCUGCUCUGGUCCGAGAUUGGUUCAACAACCAUAACCAUUUCACACUUUUAUACCUGCCCCCUUACAGCCCCUUUCUAACUGCAAUCAAGAAAUUCUUUUCAGUGUGGCGGUGGAAAGUAUAUGAUCGGCAACCACACGCCCGCAUGACUCUUCUGCAAGCAAUGGAAGAGGCGUGCGGAGACAUUGAGGUGGGAUCAAUCCGAGGGUGGAUUCUGCACACGAGGCUAUAUUUUCCCCGAUGCCUAGCCCGCGAGGAUGUUGAUGAGGUCUUGUGGCCAGAUCCGAACAGAAGGCGGGAUCCAUAAGCCCCCCACGACACGCGCACACACAAAACAAGUGUGUGUUUUUUUCCCCCAAUUGCAAUUUAUCCAGUAAUUCUUUUUUAGUUUUGUUGCUAAAUUUGAUGAGUUG